AUGCCUUCCCAAUCCGCUCUUCUCAUCGGAGCCAUUACACAUGCGCGCAAAGAAUGGGAAAGUAUCUCAUCCAUUCUGAACCUUAAGGAAUUCCCCACUGGUACCCGUGAGGAGUUCAUUAAGAACUGCAAGGCAGGACACUAUGACGAUGUGGUCGCGAUCUAUCGAUCCAACACUUCCAACAAGUACACUGGUAACUUUGAUGCUGAGUUGCUCGCCGUUCUUCCUACUUCAGUCAAGUACAUCUGCCACAAUGGUGCUGGCUAUGAUAACCUCGAUGUGAAGACUUGUUCCGAGAAGGGCAUCGCUGUCUCGAGCACCCCUGUUGCCGUCAACAAUGCCACCGCGGACGUUGGUAUUUUCCUAAUGAUUGGUGCGCUGCGUCAGGCUUAUGUGCCUCAAGCUGCUCUCCGGGCUGGUACCUGGCAAGGACAGGCUACUUUGGGCAAUGACCCCCAGGGUAAGGUUCUCGGAAUCUUGGGUAUGGGCGGAAUCGGACGCGAAAUGGCGGUUCGAGCCAAAGCCUUCGGCAUGAAGAUCCAGUACCACAAUCGUUCCCAGCUUCCCGCAGAGUUGGAGGGUGGCGCAACAUAUGUCUCUUUUGAUGAGCUUUUGGCCAACGCCGAUGUUCUCAGCUUGAACCUGGCACUGAACGCCUCAACACGGCAUAUCAUUGCUGCAAAGGAGUUCGGCAAGAUGAAGGAUGGCGUGGUGAUUGUUAACACUGCUCGUGGAGCUCUGAUUGAUGAGAAGGCAUUGGUUGCGGCUAUUGAAUCCGGAAAGGUUCGCUCUGCCGGUCUUGACGUAUAUGAGAAUGAGCCAGCUGUUGAGGCUGGUCUUGUGAAUAACCCGAGGGUUAUGUUGCUCCCUCACAUCGGUACAAUGACCUAUGAGACACAAAAGGAGAUGGAGAUUUUGGUGUUGGAUAACCUCCGCUCUGCGGUGGAGAAGGGCGAGUUGAUUACACAGGUUCCGGAGCAAAAGAAAUAG